UGUUGUAGCCAAGCAGGAAGUUAGAGAGGCAGCUUUUGCUUUAUAAGUAGUGGCAGGGGAAGACCUGUGUGUUCUAAAACUGCAGAUUUUGCAGGUUUGUUGUUGGUUGUAAGUUGGUUGGUUGGGUUGUUACUUUGGGCAGAGCCCCAAAGAUGGCUCUCUGUCUUUCCUCUUUCACUGCUCUUCUUCUUGCUUGCUUCACUAUCUCUCUGGUUCUCUGCAAUGCCUUUCCUGGCCACCAUAACUACCCCUUCCCUCACCACCACCACCCUCGCUUUGCUACUCACAACUACAGAGAUGCUCUCACCAAAUCAAUCAUCUUCUUUGAUGGCCAGAGGUCAGGGAGGCUCCCUUCCAACCAGAGGAUCACUUGGAGGAGGAACUCUGGCCUCUCAGAUGGCUCAGCUGUGCAUGUUGAUUUGGUUGGAGGGUACUAUGAUGCAGGGGACAAUGUGAAGUUUGGCUUCCCCAUGGCUUUCACCACCACCAUGCUUUCAUGGAGUGUGAUUGAGUUUGGUGGGCUGAUGAAAGGUGAGUUACAGAACGCCAAAGACGCCAUUCGCUGGGCCACUGAUUAUCUCCUCAAAGCAACUGCACAUCCAGACACCAUUUAUGUCCAGGUGGGUGAUGCUAACAAGGACCAUGCUUGUUGGGAGAGACCUGAAGACAUGGAUACACCAAGGAAUGUGUUCAAGGUAGACAAAAACUCCCCUGGCUCUGAUGUAGCGGGUGAAACAGCUGCUGCUCUUGCAGCUGCUUCAUUGGUCUUCAGAAGAAGUGACCCAACUUACGCCAAUCUUUUGGCCACAAGGGCUAUGAGGGUAUUUGAGUUUGCUGACAAGUACAGAGGACCCUACAGCAAUGGGUUGAGGAAAUUUGUGUGCCCCUUCUAUUGCUCUUACUCUGGUUAUCAGGAUGAGCUUUUGUGGGGUGCUGCCUGGCUGCACAAGGCCACCAAGAAUCCGAUGUACCUCAACUACAUCCAAGUGAAUGGACAGGUCCUUGGAGCUGCAGAGUUUGAUAACUUCUUUGGGUGGGAUAACAAGCAUGUUGGAGCAAGAAUUCUUCUCUCCAAGGCAUUUCUUGUCCAAAAGGUCCAAUCCCUUCACGACUACAAGGGUCAUGCAGAUAAUUUCAUUUGUUCUAUCAUACCAGGGGCCCCAUUUUCCUCAUCCAAAUAUACCCCAGGUGGGCUUCUAUUCAAGAUGGGUGAUAGCAACAUGCAGUAUGUGACCUCCACUUCAUUCCUGCUGUUAGCCUAUGCCAAGUACUUGACAUCUGCCCGCAAAUUUGUUAACUGCGGUGGAAUCACUGUCACGCCAAAGAGGCUCCGAGUCCUUGCCAAAAGACAGGUAGACUAUCUGCUCGGAGACAACCCAUUGAAGAUGUCGUACAUGGUGGGGUAUGGUCCAAGAUACCCUCAAAGGAUACACCACAGGGGCUCGUCAAUUCCGUCCAUUGCUGCACACCCAGCAAAGAUCCAGUGCUCCCCAGGGUUCAACUUCAUGAAAUCCCAAUCCCCCAACCCAAACAUCCUGGUGGGUGCAAUCGUGGGUGGGCCAGACCAGCAUGACAGGUUCCCAGAUCAACGGCCAGACUACGAGCAGUCAGAGCCGGCGACAUACAUAAACGCACCCCUUGUAGGCACGCUGGCUUAUCUCGCUCACUCAUUUGGCCAGCUCUAGAAAGAACUUGUUUUCUUUUCCUUUUCCUUUUUUGAUGAUAUUCCUCAGGAAGUGAACAUGUUGAAGUCGUAAAGUGGUGAUAGAUUCGAGAUCCUCCCCAUGGCUCGAGCCCCAAACCUUUGAAGCAAGGGGUUAUUUAUAUACAUUAUUGUUAUCAUCAGUAGUCUAUUUCAUGGUACGUUCAUGGUGUGAUGUGAGCAAAUUUCGUGCUAGCAACGGCGCUUAUAAGUCAAGCGUGUGGCUCUAAAUAGCACAAGUCCAAGCAUGUUAGCCCAUUUUGGGAAUUUGUAAUUUGUCAUCUACUGUUAAACUUGCAACUAUUAACACCUA